GUUCAAUCUCAGAACUGCCAUGAGGCUCAUCCUUAUGUAAGGUUUUGCUGUGACAUGAACGAAGCAAAAUGGAAGCGGUUAUGUACAUAAAGGAUAGUUCUCCUCGAUGGGAUGGAGGCACGUCACUCAACAGUCAACCAAACCACUUUAUUACACACCACUUUCAACUAUCCUUACGCAACAGUCUAAAAACCACCCAGGCAGUUACUUAUCAACCUGGAUCCCUAUCAGUAUCUCGAGCGUCAUCAGUCAGAUGAAACAACAUACAGCUUUUCACCAUGGAACAACGAGAGAUAGUCGAGUACCGCUUUUACUGCCCGCCGGGAGUACAAUGCGUCCUGGCCUGUGGAAGCAGCGCCUUUAUCGGAGAGGUGGAUGAUUCGACUGUCCUCAACCUCACAUUAAUUAUCGGCCACAAAGGGCUCACAGAGACUGGCCUAUGCCUUGAGCGCGCAGUCGACGGGACAAUCUUUGACUACCUGACCACAUCGGAUAUUCCCACUCCGUCUCUUCAGCAAAGGUUGGCAUGGUGCCGAGAACUCUGCGAGGCUGUCGAACAUGUACGCUCGAAAAGGGUGAUCCACUGUGAUAUCCAGCCUACAAACGUCUUGGUUGACCGAAAAGCGCAUUUUGAGCUAGCCGAUUUCCAAGGGCGCUAUCUCUCUGAGGACGGUAACAUAAUAUUGGACGGAUGGAGUGGCGAGCCGUGUCGAUAUUUCUGUCCGCGAGACGAUGAAUUCGUAGCUAACUUCAGGACGGGCUUCUUUGCGCUUGGGUCUACUAUUCACUUCAUUAUGACAGGACAAGAGGGUUUUUCAGAUAUCUUUAGUGGAGAGGCCGGGUGGGAUGACGAGGUCAAGCCACGGUUUGCAAGAGAUUCGUGUGGGGAGCGCUGCCGGCCCCCCCAUGCAAUAUUCAGUCUACGUCUCAUCUCUUGGAUCAUUAUCACUUUGUGA